UGUGACCAUUUCUUGUUUUAUUUAUUUAUGAAUAUCAGUAUUGUUUAUUAACAGUUUAUUUUGUCUUCCUGAAAAUAAUCUGUUUCAAUAUGUAAUUGAUCAUCUAUAAUCUACGAUAUAAGAACGUUUCUAACAAAAUGACUAGCUUUAAACACUUGAAGUACUUGUGUAGACUUUGUGCGAAAAGCGAUGAGUUUUGUAAGGAUUUACUCGAAGAAAGCAACAAAAACGUACUUAGUAUGAUAAGAGAUUUUAUUCAAAUAACUAUAAAUGAAAGUGAUGAUUUACCAACCCGAAUCUGUCUCAACUGUGAAGAGAAAAUGGUGUCCUUUCAAUUGUUUGUCUUGGAAUGCUAUAAAGUUCAAGAGGAUUUUAGAAAACAAUUGGAUAAGGAGCAGUUAGGCAUUUGUACCGAAUUGCAAAUCAAACUUGAAAGUACUGCAGACUAUGGAGCAUCUUUGAUCAAAUCUGAGGUUAAAGAUGAGUUAACUGCUGAGGACAUAGUGUGUGCAAUCACUUCAAAUGAUGCUUCAUUGUCAGAAUUUGAAGCAGUUGAUUACAAUGGUGAUAUUGACAUCAAUGAUGAUAUGGACGACGAUGAAGAUGACGAUGACUUGGAUGAUGUAGCAAUCGCAUCACUGAAGGACAUAAAGCAAAAGCGGAUCAAAAAGAAAGCCAUUUCAGAAGAGGAUUCUUUAAAGUUUAGUGAACUUUUAAAACAACCAAACUUGAAAGUGAAAGACUUUGUUAAGUUGGCAUGUCACCUUUGCGGAGCAGAGUCCAAUACAUGGAGUAAUUUGCGCUUGCAUUACUUCAAUAAUCAUAGAAGCAAAGUAGUUGCAUACUGCCUAUGUGGAUAUGCAAUAAGAUCCAAAAGUGUUCUGUAUAAACAUUUUUCUCAGCAUAAGUUGGAAAGUAGAAACAUUAGAAGUGCCGAGAAUUUGAUUGAAGACAAAUCAGAAAAAUCUCAAUAUUCAGAUCUAAAAAUUAAUAACUUUGUGAAUUUCAAUUGCAAUGCCUGUGAUAAGGUGUGCUCCAGUUGGUAUAGUCUGAAGUCACACUGUGAAAGAGCUCACCAGAUUCUUCCCGUAGUGCAUUGUGUUUGUGGCAUUGCUCUCAAGUCAAAGUCAGUUCUCUACAAACAUAUAAAUGAUCACAAAAAUCCUAAUGUAUUAUCGUGUGACAAAUGUCCACGAAUCACGAAAACCCUGGCAGCGUUAAACAAACAUAAAAUGAGACACGUCCCUAAAUCUGAACGGAAAUUCACGUGCGAAUCCUGUGAUAAAAUAUUUAAUACUAAGGAUGCGUUAAAAUCUCAUGAACGGUCACACAUUCCAAUAGAAGAUAGGAAAAUUUACCACUGUAAUAUUUGUAACAUGAAGUUUACAACCCGGUCGUCAGCGGCGUCGCACAAGCGCGUGGUACACGACAAAAUCAAGAGUUACGUAUGCGAUCUGUGCGGCUACGCGUGCGGCACCAACGGCGAGCUGCGGCAGCACCGCGCCAUUCACUCCGACGACAAGCCGUUCGUGUGCAGGAAGUGCUCCAAGCCAUUCAAAACUUACUCGAAUCUCAAAACUCACAUGGACAUUCACGAAGAAACUUCGUACCCGUGCUACGUGUGCAACCGCGUGCUGAACAGCCGCCGGACGCUGAGGAAGCAUCUGCUCGUACAUGAAGACAAGUGCCGGCACGUCUGCUCGUAUUGCAACAAGGCCUUCAAGAGGAGGCAGACGUUGAAGGUCCACAUGUACACUCACACGGGCGACAAGCCACUAACGUGCAAAUGGUGCGACGAGCGGUUCGCGUACGCAUCCACAUUACGAUCGCACCGCUUGCGAUGCCACCCCGACAAGAUGGCGGCGCAGAUGAACGAGCAGUACGUCUACCGACACGUCAACAUCCUGCAGCAGGUGGCAGAGGAUUGCGCGGGCGGAGAGGAUUGUCCUCCAGUCGUCGUGUCUUGGGAAGGCUCGGCAGAUAUCCAGAGCGGAGACAUCCUGAUCGUGCGCAUCGCCGACUCGUCACUGCUCGACAACUUCGCCCACCCUGACGCUAAGAACACUAGCCAUGAUGCGAACGCUACUCAAGCAGAUGGACAGAGGGUACACCGCACGCUGCCAUCACCGGCCGUGUACCAGGUGACGCGGCAGGGGCACGUGCACUGUGACGUGUCUGAAGGCAUGCUGCUCGACAUCACCCCGCUGGACGAGAACGGCGCCAAACUUAUCACGCUCUACGACAAAGAUCUCACCGAGGGCGUCAACUUGCUGAUAGUUGUUUCCGAGAACUGGAGGUCACAGUGUGUCCGCCUCAAAGUUACUGUCAAGUCGGAUAACUGCGGAGAGUCUCAAGACUGCUCCGGGAAGGGCGUGUGCUACACCAACGUAUCUAUGGAAGGCUACGAGUGCCAGUGCUGCGCCGGCCAGCUGGGCCCGCACUGCGAGGAGCGCGACGUCUGCAAUCCAUCACCCUGCCUGAAUAAUGGCAUAUGUGUCGACCUCACGCAGCCUCUCAACGGGGCGAACUACCACUGCCUUUGUCCCUACGGUUUUACGGGUAGAAAGUGCGAAAAGGAUCCGUGCUACUCGGAGCCUUGUCUGAACGGAGGGUCGUGCAUGAGUCUGGCGAUGAACGGGUCGACGACGUUCCACUGCGCAUGCGCGGACGGCUGGACGGGUGCGCACUGCGAGCUACCCACGGUGGGCGGCGCCUGCGCCGACAAGCCCUGCGUCAACGGCAUCUGCAUAGAACAGACAGACAUCGACGCUGAGGGGCAUGAGUACCGAUGUUUUUGCUUGCCAGGGUACACUGGUGAGCACUGUGAGAUGGAAUACAACGAGUGCGAGUCGUCGCCGUGCGCGAACGGCGGCACCUGCACCGACCGCGUCGGUGGCUUCGCGUGCGCCUGCGGCCGCGGUUUCACCGGAAACACCUGCCAACUCAAGGUCGAUUUGUGCUCGCCAAACCCGUGCUCUGAGCAGCGCUACUGCGUGGACCGCGGCAAUAGCUACACUUGCGAGUGCCCUCACGGCUACGUCGGCGACGAGUGCCACCUGCCUGUCAAAUCGGCGUGCGACAAUAAUCCGUGCGCGCACGGCGGCACCUGCUGGAGCGGCAUUGACUCCUUCUACUGCUCCUGUCGACCAGGAUAUACCGGCAAACUAUGCGAAGAGGACUUCAUCCUGGAAUCAGUGGUCCGCGGCGAGGUUAUCAGCUCGGAGUCCCGCAGCGACGGCGGUGGCGCGGUGCGCGAGGUGCGCAUGCCGCUCGGCCUGUACCACGACCGCCUGCACAACGUAUACAUCGCCGCCGGCACGCUAGGCGCCGCCAUCGCCAUCGUGGGAGUCGUGGUCAGUACUCACUAAACCUGCAGCUACAGGCGCGAGGUGCAUGCCGCUCGGCCUGUACCACGACCGCCUGCACAACGUAUACAUCGCCGCCGGCACGCUAGGCGCCGCCAUCGCCAUCGUGGGAGUCGUGGUCAGUACUCACUAAACCUGCAGCUACAGGCGCGAGGUGCAUGCCGCUCGGCCUGUACCACGACCGCCUGCACAACGUAUACAUCGCCGCCGGCACGCUAGGCGCCGCCAUCGCCAUCGUGGGAGUCGUGGUGACAGCAUGCCACUGCCGCGUGAACAAGACGUACUCGCGGCUGCUGUCGCGGCUGGCGCGCGCGCCGGCGCCGGCGCCGCACUGGCUGCACGACAAGCGCGCGCCCGCGCCCGCGCCGCCCGCGCUCGACACCACCGACAUGUACUACACGCUCGACUUCAGCGACAGCCAGAGCUCCCCGCUCAUCCAAUAGCAAUCACUCAUGAACUGCUCCGAUGGGGAACGGUUCAAGAUACAAAUUUAAAUCGUAGCACUUGCAUGGUACAUACGAGAUAUUUGGGAGUUUUCAGAAAAAUGUGUAGGUACCAUUUUUUAUUAUUUAACAAACUUUGGGUUAUUUCUUCUCAUAAUUACGACUAUUAGUGAUUAAAAUAAGUUUAUUUAUCAAAAUUUUCAUUUGCACGAUUUGACUUGAACAAACCUACAUACAUACAUUGCAAGUUAAAUAAAAGAUUGUAAAAAAGUAUUAAGUGUGCCCAGUUUCUCACACAAUAUUUAUGAGCCAGUUUUGCGACGGUUCAUAUAAAAUGUAUAUACGAAAAUUGCGUCACAAAGGCGCGUAUCACACUGAAUGCAUUCGCACGUCGCUCCGAUGUUUGGACGAGACAACUUUAUGCACGUAGCAUAGCGAAAUCCCGCUCACACCUCAUCCAGUGUGUCAAGUGCCAAGUGCCAAAACGGACUAAAUUUUUGGGUACUCUAUUCUUUUUUCUUAUUUUAUAGUCCCCGUGAUUCUGCGUAGAAAUAACCCAAAAUAUGUUUGUGAAAAAAAGAAUAGUACGUACACUUUCUUUCAUAAUUUGCCUUUUAAUGCAGACCUCGACGUAAACUGCAACCGAGGAUAUUAAACGGAAGCUUAUUGUCAGUCGUUGCCAAAUAUAGGGAAUUUGUAACAAGGGGUAGACUUACGAAAGCCGGCAUACAUGGACCGAAUUACCUAUCUAUAAUUUUAUUUCAUUCCAUUUGUGUAUGCUUUGGAACAAAACACAUGUGGCGGCUCUAGCUACCCUCCAUACGUAACCUCGUAUUGCUUUGCUUAUUACCUCUCAAGUACCUAUACUCGAUGGAUGUUAGAAACGAGUGACUCAAAACUCAAAUAUGUAUUGUGCAAUCCGCUAUGUUGGUAUCGGCAAUAUUGAUAUAUAGAUAAAAAUAUCUUGUAUCACCAUUGCCCAACAUAUACACGGCAUGACACAGACAUUGUGUCAGUCCGCUACUAAUACGUUUCGCCACAUAGCCGAAAAACACCUCUGCGAGGUUACGUAGUGUUUGUAGUAAAACUGCGCACUGAAAGAGUUAAUAUUAAAAGAUCAAUCCUUCGACAGACAAUUUCUGGGUACUCGUCAAGUGCAUAUUGUCGCACAAUACCUAAGGUAUAGAAAAGUGAUAGUUAUAACCCGCCCUAUAUUAUAAUAUAAACUACCUACUUGUUAUACAGUAAAGCAACAUAGACCUCCAUACAAAUAUUAUUGUGAUUGCUAUAUAGAGCUGAAGUAAUUUAUACGUAAUGUACGUAUUAGGUAAGCUUAGUGAUCUCUAUUUUGCAUAUGUGAAUAUUGUCGAUGUAAAACGUUCAGUGUAAAGAGAUGUCGCGCGUCGGUGGCGGUUAGAUAGAUCUAUAAUAAUAGUAGGAUGUUUGUGGAGAAAACGCAUUUCAUAAUGCUAAGUAUUUGAUGUAACUAAUGUUCCGAAAGAAAUAAUCUAUAGUGGCGUUAGGUACCUUUCUUUUAUCCGUUAAAUAAAUUCGGCCGAUUUACUGGCAUAACCUCAUAAGGUCCAUUUAUAACGAUUGAUUCGUUUCUAACCCAAUUCAUAUUUCCAUUUAGGGUUCCAAUUAAAUGUGUUUUUAUUAAAAAUGUUUCCCAUAUUUACUAGCCUUACUCAAGGAUCAAUAAUUAUUGAUAGUCCGAAAACAUAUGAUAACCAUUUAUUUGUUGUUAAAAAUAUUGUAAUUAGUAAGGUAGGUAAUUAUUAUUGUUUAUGUAUAUGUGAAUAUUUUAAGAAAUCUUCUUUUUAAUUACAAGGUAAUUAAUGUUAAUCAUAAGUCAAGAAUAACUAGUCUAGUUAAAGAGAAGUAAAAAGAUAGCCAAAUUGUAUAUUGGUAUGUAAUAUAGUAAUAUAUGUACAUAAGCCAAGGAAGUCAUUAAAUGAGUUAAAUAAAUCCUGAAAGAUUCUCAAGUCGGAACAAACGUCAAAAUCGGAUAUAGUUGUUUGUCUAAAAUUUUAAUUGACAUAAACUACAAUUUACUUGCAUGAAAACAAAUCAAUAACGUACCUAAUCGAUAAUCGAAUGGGUUUGCGUACGAUGGGGGUUGAAAAACAACAGUUCUCGAGCUGUGUGUGGCAUUACUAGUUAACAAAAAAGGCGAAACUGCUCGUUAAAAGUCAUGAUACCUAUCUAGUAAUAGAUUUAGUGCAAUUGGCUCUUUUUUCUAAAAGUUUACCGAUCGCUGUGUAUAAGGGCUCGUAAUAGUCAAAAGCGGCGUUAGGCGUGAGCGACGUGGGCCACCCGUAGGCGGUCCGAGGGGCCUCGCGCCUCAAAUAAGUAUAUCUCGGACGCAACGUAAAAAUGUUCGUCAUUUCUUGCGCCACCAGAGGGCCUCGCUAAAUGUACCUUGCCCACAUAAAAUUAUGGUCUUGCCCCGCCACUGGUAAUGGUAAUGUUAUUAAGCUCAUUAGCUUUCUUAGACACUGCAAAACUGUGACGCCCGUGGGUCGUUGAUUUGUUAAUAACAUCAUAGAUUUCAUUUUCCCCACUAAGUGCCUAUUAGGUUUGCCAAAAAUGCUUAUAAUAAAACCUAGAUUAUACAAGUACCUAAUAGCUUUUGUCCGAUCCGUCUCUAGAUAGUUAUGAAUUAAAGCAGCAUUAUAAAAUUUGUGAGUAGUAAACCGACAUCGUAAAUUUUGUGGCAUAUUCGCUGCAAUAGUUGAAUUUUAAGGAAGGGGGUUCGUAUUAUUUAUGUUACUUCGACAUUGAUUGAGUAAAAUGCGUAAAAUCUAAUUGUAACUAGAUGGCGCUGUUCAGCUUUAUACAUUUUGCGGCAAGUCUGAUUGUCAAAAGUUGACGUUUGACAAUUUCGUGACCGAAAAUCAUAUGGCGCAGUACAGCGCCAUCUGUUUUGGAUGUCAAAGUAAGGGGCGCGUUUUUUUCUUAGACUUUACCUCUUUAUUACAAUGAAUUAUCUUUGCCUCUAAUUAAUAAUUUUAGCUAGAUUGGGUAUAUAUAUCACGUUCAUGCAAAAUACUAUAUUGAAUUUUUUACAAAAUUAACGAUGUCUGGGUAAUAAAUAGUUGAACAUGUAUGUAAGUAUUUGACUGAUCUUCAAAUUAGAUAUUUUCCGACUAUCUUUAGCUUGCUUUCGAUGUUCCAGUUAGAAAAAGGUACGUAUUUACAGUGAGUCGCUAUCAAAUAUAUACGAUGCUAACAUAUGGAUUAUAAUCAUCACGCCAGUAAUACAUAAUGUCAUGUUGAAAUAAAUUCUGAGUUAAGAUGUUUUCAGUGCGUUAUGUAUAUUUUCAGCAAACUGUUAUUCAUGUGUUAAAUUUGGCAGUAGUUUUACUAAAUAAGGACCUAAUUUAUAAUUAAUAAAAUAGGCAGCAUAUUUAGAUACAUAUUCGCGUUGAACAGUAAUUAAAUUAAAAAUAAAUUGUAUUCUUAAGUCCAAAACAAAAAAUGAAUAAGACGGUGAACAAAAUGGAGUACCUAUUACUUAUGCUAAGUUAUACCUAGUACUAAGGGAACGUUCUUAAUCUAUCUCUAAAUUGAACUAGAUCUUCGUCUCAAUGCUUUCGUGAUCUAUGUAAUACUUAAAUACCCUGUGCUUUGUAUGAAAAAUUCUGAUAUUUACCUACCUACUUAUUGUUAACUUUAAGGCUCCAUUAAAUGUUGAUGGUUCCAAUA